AUGCAAUCUACCGAACAAUCUGUUUUGGCACCGUUUAUGUCAUCUGAUGGUGCGUCAACUCCGGACCCUCAUGAAGCCUCUAGACUCGAAAGGUUACCCGAUCGUUUGUCUCGAGUUUCCUCUUCUCCGGCCUCUGAACCACCGCCAAUUUCGAAGAAAAAGAAGGCCAUCAUCGUCAUUCAGUGUGAGGCUGCCUCCACACCACUAGUCAUCAUUCGGGCUCCUGAGACCAAAAAACCCAACUCGGCGGAAAAUAAAACCGUUUAUAGUGCCCGAAGUAAGCAAUACGAAGAAGAUGCCCUCAAUGAUGACGAAUCCUCGCUUUAUGAAUACGAUGGCGGUUCGGACUCGUCUGCAUCCUCCAGUUCAUCGGAUUACCAGCCGGCGGCCAAGCAUAAGGUAAAUUCAUACUUUGACCUAUUGCUUUUAAUAAAACUGCAACUUUGUCCUUUAGUAUAUUUGAGGCCUUGCCUCGAAACGUCUAUAAAAGACGACUAUUCUCUUGCCUACUUUGAUAAAUCAGCAGUCGCAUAA